CGAUCGAUAGUUCUUCGGGGCGUAACAAGUAAACCAAGAUGGCUGCCUCAAGGGUUCUUUCUCGAUUUUCUCGUAGAAGUACUACUGUCCCAAGGAGUGUAGGAAUUAGAUUUGCAAGUAAGGAUGUAAGAAAUGGUUUUAUUGACCUUGUAGGAAGAACCCCACUGAUAAGGCUAAAUAAACUUAGCGAAGAAACAGGUUGUGAUAUUACAGUAAAAGCAGAGCAUAUGAACCCAGGAGGCUCAGUAAAAGACAGGGCUGCAUUAUAUCUUGUCAAGGAAGCUGAAGAAAAAGGUGUUCUCAAACCAGGUGGUACUGUAGUGGAAGGAACAGCAGGAAAUACAGGGAUAGGUCUUGCUCACAUGUGUUUAGCAAAAGGUUACAAAUGUGUCAUAUUCAUGCCAAACAACCAAUCUCAGGAAAAAAUAGAUUUACUAAAAGCACUAGGAGCUGAUGUUCGACCUGUGCCUGUCGUUCCAUUUGAUGAUCAAAUGAACUAUAACCACCAAGCUAGAAGAUUUACAGAAACAUUAGAAAAUGCUGUAUGGACAAAUCAAUUUGACAACACAGCAAACAGAAGGGCUCAUUUUGAAACAACUGGUCCAGAAAUCUGGCAGCAGACAAAUGGCCAGGUUGAUGCAAUAGUCUUUGGUACAGGAACUGGUGGAACCUUGGCAGGAACUGGAUCUUUUCUCAAAUCAAAAAAUCCAAAUGUAAAAGUUAUUUUAGCAGAUCCACAGGGAAGUGUUUUAUAUAAUUACUUCAAGAUUGGUGAGCUUGUCAGAACUGAAGGAAGUUCAAUAACAGAAGGGAUUGGUCAAGGCAGAGUAACAAGUAAUCUACAAGGAGCACCAAUAGAUGAUUCUGUAUUCAUACACGAUACAGAAGCUAUAGAAAUGACGUACUUUUUACUUCACGAGGAAGGUUUCUUCGUCGGAGCCUCGUCGGGUCUGAACGUAGCAGCGGCAGUCAAGCGCUAUUUUACACGACUUUUUAACAAAAGCUGGAUUGAAAGUAAAGGGCUUCUCGAUGCAAUACCCGAAAAGUACCAUCAUUCCUUGUACUAAACCAGUGAGCCUGCAUACAAAACGCUUGGAGUCGAUGGACAUUCUUUGAAACAGUCCAUAAAUUAUCGUAAUAUCCUCUAGCGUAACCAAAUCACACAUAUACUAAAUUGAUUUCACAAUUACAAUAAUCAAAAGGGUAAAACAGCUAAGACCAAUGAGGCUUCUGGGUAACAAAUGACGCACAAAUGCCUACUUUGGUCUUCCUGUGGUUUUCCAAUACUAGAAAGGUAGACAGGAGGUAGAAAGGAAGGAAAGGAGCAAUCCACUUGAAAUUUUAGAUAUAAUUGUCGAAAAACAUCAAAUCUAUAGCCAGUAAUAAUUGCGUCAGGAGCAGGGCUCCUAGCAUGUAGGCUUUUGUUCGUGAAACGUAGUUCAAAUUUACCUCAGAACUAAUGAACGAUCGAUUGAAGACUGUAAUAUUGAUAGAUGUUUGGAAUGAGUAUUUUAGAUUAAUAAGAUGUAAAGAUUGAUAGUCCUUCAGUAAAGAAAAAAUUAUACAAUCUGUAAAUUCAAUGUCCUAUUUUUAAAAGACAAACUUAUUAAAAACCAGUUUCUUAA